AAUACAAUAUGAAUGAAGUAAUAUCUUCCAUACUUGUCUUUUCGACCCUCGCCGUAUGUUAUUCGUCGGCAAAGUGCUGUGGAAAAGGUAUUAAUGGAUUCUGCAAUGACUGCAGUAAAGUUCACUCUGUAUUCUCGAGGGGACAGAAAUGCUGCGGACACGGAAGUGGAAAAGGUCAAGGUUGUAACGUCUUUUGUUGUGGAUGCGGAAGCUGUAGAGGGGGACGUCCAAAGAUUACAUACAAGUCGGGAUGGUGGUUUGCCAAACGGUACACAUGCGCCAGGACAAGCAAAGACGAAGAGGCAGCCGAUUUUACUACAGAAGAUGAGCUUACGGGUUUGAAGGAAACUAGAGACGCUUUCAGUGCGCUAGAUAAAGACGGUGACAAAGUGCUUAGUCCUGAUGAAUUUCUGAAAGGACUCAUGGUGCAUUUGAAUAUGGAUUUUGAAUCUUCCUAUCAAUUGGCCUCCGACUUGCUUCAAUCUAAUGAUCGCAAAGAAAUAGUCGAUAUUCUGGAUGCUGUACAAGAAUCAAAAGAUUUCAUAGAAAACGACACAGAAUAUCAAAUCAACCAAAUGGCGAGAGACGAAUUUGAAGUAAUGGAUCAAAACAAAGAUGGUUUCAUUCAGGAACAAGAGUUUGACGAAGAUUUGAAAUGAUUCCAUCAUGACUGUGUCUAACUAAAUUAGCAGAUUGUGUCCGUGAAGUAAUAUUAUUAUUGAGUAGUUUUCGAAAAUUAAUCGAUUGAUCUCGUAAUAAAUUACAAUGCUGAAUAAAUGUUGAUUCGUCUAAUAUAGCAAAAAAUAAAUAUUGC